GGCGACUACUCCCUCCAAAGCCGGCACUGUGCAAUCCUCUCGUUAAAGGGUGGAUAUUCAGGGAGAAGAAACUCAAUUAAAACCUGGCCCGACGCACGAGAGGUAGUUCGGAGGACCUGUUUCGCAGGUUUCACCGGAGGGAAAUAAUAACAGCGUUCCCACUGUCAUUUGCGAGCAGAUCGAGGAGAGAUUUCCGAAAAGAGUUCAGAGGUUUGCCGGAGCUUUCCCAUAUCGUUUCUGAAGAGCUAUUUCAAGGAUUACAGUCUCCUCUCCAGGGGAAAGGGGCUCAAUGGUGGAGCAGGAGAUGCUAUUAUCAUGCGGUUAUCCACAAGAAAACUGUUAUUCAGCGAUAGUUAUGAACUCCCGGUUACGUGCUCUGGGCGGGAGAAUCAAUAACAUUCGAACCUCAGAGUUGCCGAAAGAGAAAACUCGGUCUGAGAUUGUCUGUAGAAUCCACUUCCUGGAUGGAUCUGUACAGAGCUUCAAAGUGAACAAACAGGACACUGGUCAAGUUCUGCUGGAUAUGGUCUACAACCAUUUAGCUGUGACAGAGAAAGAAUAUUUCGGUUUACAACAUGGCGAAGAUUCAGUAGAUUCCCCCAGAUGGCUAGAGUCAAGUAAACCAAUCAGAAAGCAGCUUAAAGGAGGCCUCCCCUGUAUCCUGCAUUUCCGAGUGCGUUUUUUUAUUCCCGAUCCCAAUACACUGCAGCAGGAGCAAACCAGGCAUUUGUAUUUCCUGCAGCUGAAGCUGGAUAUUUGUGAAGGAAGGUUAACAUGCCCUCUUAACUCCGCAGUCGUUCUUGCCUCCUAUGCAGUUCAGUCUCAUCUUGGAGAUUAUAACUCUUCCGUACAUCUUUCAGGAUAUCUUUCCAGUAGUCAUUUUAUUCCAGAACAGAAUAAGGACUUUGUAACUAAAGUAGAAUCAUUGCAUGAACAACACAGUGGCCUCAAGCAGUCAGAAGCCGAAUCCUGCUAUAUCAAUAUCGCCCGUACACUAGAUUUUUAUGGAGUUGAAUUGCACAGUGGUAGAGAUCUACAUAAUUUAGACCUGAUGAUUGGAAUUGCUUCAGGCGGCAUCGCAGUGUACCGGAAAUUUAUUUGCACAAGUUUCUAUCCUUGGGUGAAUAUUCUAAAAAUCUCUUUCAAGAGGAAGAAGUUUUUUAUACAGCAACGGCAGAAGCACAACGAGUCCAGGGAGCACAUAGUCGCCUUCAAUAUGCUAAAUUACAGAUCUUGCAAAAAUCUGUGGAAAUCUUGUGUGGAACACCAUACGUUUUUCCAGAUAAAGAAAUCACUACCUCAUGAGAAGAAGAUCUUGUCCCAUUACUGGACACUGGGCUCUAGAAAUCCAGCCAAGUCCAUAAACAACCAGUACUGCAGGAAGGUGAUCGGUGGAAUGAUAUGGACCCCCACACUGAAGAGAUCUGUAUCAGUGGAACAUUUGGAAACCAAAAGCCUUCCCUCUCGUUCUCCUCCCAUUACUCCCAACUGGCGAAGCCCUAGGUUACGGCAUGAAAUCCGAAAGCCACGUCACUCGUCUGCUGACAACCUCGCCAACGAAAUGACAUACAUCACCGAAACAGAAGACGUCUUUUAUACAUACAAGGGCUCUCCUUCUUCGAAGGACAGCGAUCCCGAAAUUUCCCAGAACUGCAGUCCUCCCAGACAGCCGUCUGAACAGGAAUCGCCAAAGAAUCCAUCGGAAAACAGUAUGGCACCCAACUACCCGACCCAGACGUCAUCCACGUCGCCGAAUGGAGUCAAGCAGGAGCCGGGCUGCUCACUGGAAGGGGUGGACCAGCGGUUUUUGGAAACCUACCACCAAGUUAGCACGGAAUGCUUGAGAGAGGACUCCAGUCAGUACUACUGUGACAAGAACGAUCAGGGUGAUGGAAGUUUACUCUUGGUGCGGAUUAUGCCGGAUGAAGAAGGAAAAUUUGGAUUCAAUCUAAAGGGCGGCAUCGAUCAGAAAAUGCCUCUGGUUGUAUCAAGAAUAAGUCCCGAGUCACCUGCGGAUAAAUGCAUUCCCAAGCUGAUUGAGGGUGACCAAAUUGUGCUGAUCAAUGGACGGGACAUCUCCGAGCACACCCACGAUCAAGUGGUGAUGUUUAUAAAAGCCAGCAGAGGGUCACACACCAGAGAGCUCGCCCUGUUGAUCAGGAGGAAAGUGGUCAAAUCGUUUGCCGCACCCAAACCGGAAGAUGAGACGGACGGUCAGCUUUUUCCAGAAGCCGUUGUCCCUCUGUGUUCGGAGGCCGGGGCCACGUUAGAGGAGUCUAUAGAGCAGUUGAAGAACGGUCUAGAGAGUGGGACUGUGCUGAUUCAGUUUGAGCAACUUUACCGAAAGAAGCCAGGAUUGGGGAUCACAUUUGCAAAGCUCUCUCAAAAUAUGGACAAAAACAGAUAUAAAGAUGUGCUACCAUAUGAUAGCACCCGGAUAGUGCUACAGGGAAACGAAGAUUACAUUAACGCCAACUAUGUCAAUAUGGAGAUUCCAUCAACCAGCAUUGUGAACAGAUACAUUGCCACCCAAGGCCCUCUCCCCCACACCUGUGCCCAUUUUUGGCAGGUAGUCUGGGAUCACAAAUUAUCGCUGAUCGUCAUGUUGACCACGCUUACGGAGCGAGGGCGGACCAAGUGUCACCAGUACUGGCCCGAUCCUCCCGACGUCUUGGAAUACGGCAAUUUUCGCGUCAAGUGCCAGUCGGAGGACUGCACCAUCGCCUACGUUUUCCGGGAAAUGCUGGUCACCAAUAUAGAGACAGGAGAAGAGCACACAGUUACUCACCUCCAGUACGUGGCCUGGCCCGACCACGGAGUUCCUGACGAUUCCUCGGACUUCUUGGAAUUCGUGACCUGCAUGAGGCCAAAGAGGGUGGAGAAGGAGCCCGUCUUGGUCCACUGUAGCGCUGGAAUAGGCCGAACUGGCGUAUUGGUCACUAUGGAAACCGCCAUGUGUCUCAUCGAAGGGAAUCAACCUGUCUAUCCCCUGGACAUUGUUCGAAAGAUGCGAGACCAGAGAGCGAUGAUGGUGCAGACCUCAAGCCAGUACAAGUUUGUGUGUGAAGCUAUCCUUCGAGUUUACAAAGAUGGCUUGGGUCGACCCCUGGAUCCCAGGUAGUCCGACUGUGAAAACAUUAACUUCUCUUUCUCAAGGAGAUGAGCUGGAAAGGCAGAGAACUACAACUGGAAACAGCAAGAAAGAGCCCUAAGGGGUGUUCGGAAGAGAAUGAGCACACUUGAGCUCCGGCACUUUAAAUUUCUGUAGAAAUUGAAUUGUGUAUAUAGGAAAUAUGUAGAUAUGUAUAUGUGUGUGUGCAGUUGUGUAUAGCAUCCAUUAUGCACAUAUAUAUGGACAGAAAUAAUCAAAGGAAUUGUAGAACAUAUCCUGAUCUUGUAAUGCCUUAAAAGACUUUUCCCUUUAGACAUUUCCACCGCCCCUUCUCCCCGAUCUGGCAGAAGACAAACCGAUUGAAUUACUAAGUCCCGAGGGACGAAGGACCACUGGAAAUUUUGGAUAUAUCAAGUGUUCUCUGAGAAUAAAAUACCAAGGGCUAUUCCUUCAGUUUCCUCUGGGAAGAGCUGGGGAAAUCCAGGACUCACUCUUUAUACUCUGUCUUGAAGACUACCCACAGUACACCUAAUCUUAGAACUAAACGUCCAACCAGGUUGGUGUAGCUCGCUGCUGAAAUAGCCUGGCCUAUUUCACUGACUCUUCUAUGCCAACGCUUGACUGGUUCACGGCCAGUGUUAUUUGGGUAGUGGGGAAAUGGGGCUUCAAACUCCCUCACCCUCUCUUCAUUUCUUCUGCUUGCCCAGGGUGAGACUUAAAAUGUGCCAACCAGGUUCUUCGUUUGGCUAAUGAAUCUAAAGCCCAGAAUCGGACGGUUAGUUUUCUCCGUUUCCCCAUUUUUUUAAAUGUUUAUUAGUUCCAAGAAGUUGGUUAGGGGCCAAGGAGGCUCUUGUCUGCUUGAUCAUCUGACUGUCUUCUAUAUGCAAAACUGGUUUAAAUCCAGGACGGGGAAACAUCUACUACUGAAUCAACGAAAAUGUUUUGCUGCUAGUUCAAGCUGUUCAACUGUCGAAAUUGGUUUGGAGAUAAGCUAAAAAAAUAGUCACUCUCUGACCUGUUUUCAAAACUUUCUGCAGGAAGGGUCAGUAGGUGAGAGUGUGUGUGCGUCUGUGUUUCAGGUUUCUCCACUCGCUUCAGAUUCAGUCGAGUUACAGACUUCUGUAUAUAAGCAAAGGGUGUGUGCUUUUUUUCCAUUCUAAUAACGGUCUCAGUUUCAUUUCAUCGGGGAGAAUCAGACUAUUUGAAAAGCAACACCGCAAUUUUGGCGUUGUUUCCAAACCCAUUAUGCUCUUAGAUUGCCCUCCCUAAUUCUGCCAUAAAUAUGUUGAUUAUAGUUUUUUAAUGUUCUAGACUCACAUAAAAAUUCUCCUUUUUCAGGAAAGGAGUGAGAAAAGCCAUCUGGGAUGUGAGGUGUAUUAGGCAGCGCUUUAUACCUGAUAAGAAAGGAAGCUAGCUAAUUAUUUCUUCAGAGAUGCACACCUCCUUUGGAGAAAAUGUGUUCACGUUGGAUGAUUGUACUGCAAGGCAUGUUAGGGGCUGUUUCUUCUUAACAUCGGGCAAAUUCCGGACCAACUGAAUGGUUUCCUCCGAUGUCUGGUGAUAUUUCAGCUGCUCCUUCUCAACCCGGCUCUUCAAGGCGGGGGUGAGAAUGUUUCAAGAUAGCAGGAUCACCAUCAGUCAGGACUUCACCCAGGGCUGGGGCCCGGGAACAGUCAGUUUCACCAGUUUAUGCAACCCCAUGAAGGUCAGAGUAGGGGGGAACAGGGGUGUCUACUUCAGAUGAGGUUUCUAGGGGUCUAGGAGAUACGAUGGAGCGGAAAGAGUUGGAAGGGCUGGGGUUCUGCUGCAUUUUUACCCUGCACCGUGUCAAUCAUGACAUUUCCAAGAAGGAUUAGUUAGCCAGGGGGCAGGACAGGGGGGAACUAACCGGAUACUGGUUGAUGUUCUGAUGGUACUUCUCUUCCAGGCAAGAAUCUGGAAACCACUAAAAUAACUGGCAUGGUGACAGGGAGAGACGUAUAUCUGGAAAUCUAGCGCACCG